GCUAUCCGGCGAGAGGAGGAGUCAAAAUGGCCGCCGUCUCGGUCUCCUCAAAGAGGUGCCUCAGCGAGACAGGCGCUUGCUAAUAAGACCCAGUCGCUUUCUUUCUCUUUCGCCGCCCUGUUGUAGCACCGUCACUACCUUCUCCUUUCCUUCCUCAUCUGUUCCUGCUGAUUACUGGUGUAGAGUUUGACCUUUCAUGCAAAGAUGGCGGGUUUGGUGUCUCAGAGUUUGGUGACUUACGUAGAAGAAGAAAAUGUACCUGCUUUGAAGGCACUUCUAGAGAAAUGCAAAGAUGUAGAUGAGCGAAAUGAGAGUGGUCAGACUCCGUUAAUGAUAGCUGCUGAACAAGGCAAUUUAGAAAUUGUCCAAGAAUUAAUAAAGAAAGGUGCCAACUGCAACUUGGAAGAUUCAGAUAACUGGACAGCUCUUAUCUCAGCAGCUAAAGAGGGACAUUUUGCCAUUGUGUCAGAACUACUUAACUGCAAUGUGAACAUGGAACAUCGAGACAUGGGUGGAUGGACAGCUCUUAUGUGGGCCUGUUACAAAGGCCGCACUGAAGUAGCAGAAGUGCUUCUUGAAAGAGGAGCAAACCCAAACACCACUGGACUGCAAUAUAGUGUCUAUCCGAUAAUUUGGGCAGCAGGAAGGGGCCACUCCCGCAUUGUGCAACAACUUCUUCAGUAUGGAGCAAAAGUCAACUGCUCUGACAAGUAUGGCACUACUCCAUUGAUCUGGGCAGCAAGAAAAGGUCACCUGGAAUGUGUGAAGUUUCUGCUGCAUAUGGGAGCAGAUGUUGAUCAAGAAGGAGCAAAUUCUAUGACUGCUCUUAUUGUGGCAGUAAAAGGUGGAUUUACAGAUUCAGUGAAAGAAAUUCUGAAAAGAAACCCAAAUGUGAACUUAACAGAUAAAGAUGGAAACACAGCUUUGAUGAUUGCUGCAAAGGAGGGUCACACAGAAAUAGUACAGGACCUUCUAGAUGCAGGAACAUACGUGAAUAUCCCUGAUAGGAGUGGAGAUACUGUCCUGAUUGGAGCUGUCAGAGGUGGGCAUGUUGAAAUUGUGAGAGCUCUGCUUCAUAAGUAUGCAGAUAUUGACAUUAGAGGUCAGGAUAAUAAAACUGCUUUAUAUUGGGCUGUUGAGAAGGGAAAUGCUACAAUGGUGAGAGAUAUCUUGCAGUGCAAUCCAGACACUGAAAUAUGUACAAAGGAUGGAGAAACACCUCUUAUAAAGGCUACCAAGAUGAGGAACAUUGAAAUAGUUGAGCUUCUGCUUGACAAAGGCGCAAAAGUUUCUGCUGUAGAUAAGAAAGGGGAUACUCCACUUCAUAUUGCUAUUCGUGGAAGAAGCCGAAGGCUUGCAGAGCUGCUUUUAAGAAAUCCUAAAGAUGGCAGGCUGCUUUACAGGCCUAAUAAAGCUGGAGAGACACCUUACAACAUUGACUGUAGCCACCAGAAAAGUAUUUUAACACAGAUAUUUGGUGCUAGACAUUUAUCUCCCACGGAAACUGAUGGAGAUAUGCUGGGCUAUGAUCUCUACAGCAGCGCACUAGCAGAUAUUCUUAGUGAACCGACUAUGCAGCCACCCAUCUGUGUUGGACUUUAUGCCCAAUGGGGAAGUGGGAAAUCAUUUUUGCUCAAGAAACUUGAAGAUGAAAUGAAGACUUUUGCUGGACAGCAGAUUGAACCAUUGUUCCAGUUCUCCUGGCUUAUUGUGUUCCUUACAUUUCUAUUGUGUGGAGGUGUUGGCUUAUUGCUUGCAUUCACUGUAGAUGCCAAACUUGGAAUUGCAGUUUCACUGAGUUUACUGGCACUACUAUACGUAUUCUUUACUGUGAUAUACUUUGGUAGUCGAAGAGAAGGAGAGAACUGGAACUGGGCAUGGGUGCUAAGUACAAGGUUAGCCAGACAUAUUGGCUACAUGGAGUUGCUGCUGAAACUCAUGUUUGUGAACCCACCUGAGCUGCCUGAACAAACUACAAAAGCCUUACCUGUCAGAUUUUUGUUUACCGAUUACAAUAGACUGUCCAGCGUAGGUGGAGAAACUUCCAUGGCUGAGAUGAUUGCCACUCUCUCAGAUGCCUGUGAAAGAGAAUUUGGUUUCUUAGCAACACGCCUUUUUCGAGUCUUCAAGACUGAAGAUACUCAAGGAAAAAAGAAAUGGAAGAAAACUUGUUGCCUGCCAUCCUUCGUUAUCUUCCUCUUCAUUCUGAGCUGCAUUGUGGCGGGGAUUACACUAAUAGCUUAUUUUAAAGUGAACCCUGAAAACAUGACCGUGAAUGCUAUUCUGAUCUCAUUUGUAUGUGUUGUGGGCUUGGGCUUCAUUUUGAAUUGUCGCACAUGGUGGCGCGUGAUGGACUCCGUCUUGAAUUCACAAAGAAAACGGCUCCACAGUGCGGCUUCCAAACUACACAAACUGAAGAGCGAGGGGUUUAUGAAAGUUCUUAAAUGUGAAGUGGAGUUGAUGGCAAAGAUGGCAAAAACCAUUGAUAGUUUUACUCAGAAUCAGACCAGACUUGUAGUGAUUAUUGAUGGAUUGGAUGCAUGUGAACAGGACAAAGUUUUACAGAUGCUUGAUACUGUUCGAGUCCUAUUCUCGAAAGGUCCAUUUAUUGCCAUUUUUGCUAGUGAUCCACACAUCAUUAUAAAGGCAAUAAAUCAGAAUUUGAACAGUGUGCUUCGGGACUCAAAUAUAAAUGGACAUGAUUACAUGAGGAAUAUAGUCCAUUUACCAGUCUUUCUGAACAGCCGUGGACUCAGUAGCGCUAAAAGGAUGAUGGUAGCUGCAACCACAAAUGGAGAUGUUCCAUAUACAGAUGGUUCAGGAUUUCAUGAAGAUGUAGACCGAAGAGUUUCACAGAAUAGUCUCGGAGAUGUGACCAAGCUUGGAAGUAAAACAGCUCUUAACAGACGAGAUACUUACAGGAGAAGACAAAUGCAGCGUACCAUUACACGUCAAAUGUCUUUUGACCUGACUAAACUAUUAGUUACAGAAGACUGGUUCAGUGAUAUUAGUCCACAGACUAUGAGGCGAUUGCUCAAUAUUGUUUCUGUGACAGGACGCUUAUUGAGAGCUAAUCAGAUCAGUUUCAACUGGGAUAGAUUGGCUAGCUGGAUCAACUUGACAGAGCAGUGGCCAUACAGGACAUCAUGGCUUAUAUUAUAUUUGGAAGAAACCGAUGGCGUUGCAGAUCAGUUAACUUUAAAAACAAUCUAUGAGAGGAUUUCAAAGAAUAUUCCAACAACUAAAGAUGUAGAGCCUCUACUUGAGAUUGAUGGGGAUAUUCGAAACUUUGAAGUGUUUUUGUCUUCACGAACUCCAGUUCUUGUAGCACGUGAUGUAAAAACCUUUUUACCAUGUACAGUAAAUCUUGAUCCAAAACUCAGAGAAAUUAUUGCAGAUGUCCGUGCUGCAAGAGACCAAGUUAAUAUUGGGGCAAUCCCAUAUCCCACAUUGCCUUUACAAGAGGCAGCUCCUAGAGCUUCAUCAGUAUUUAGCCAGCCAUCAUCAGCCUGCUCUUCAACACACUCCUUUAAUGGGCCAUUCAAUGGGAAUGUUGUAUCACCACAACCCCACAGCAGUUACUAUAGUGGAAUGACAGGACCUCAGCAUCCAUUCUAUAAUAGGCCAUUCUUUGCCCCAUAUGUUUACAUGCCAAGGUAUUACCCUGGCAAUUCUCAUCUCACCUCACGUCCAUCACUAAAAUCGAGUUUGUCCAGGGAACAGAACAGUGGUCUAGAUAUUAUCAAGGAAGAUGCUGAUGAGUGGGUUCCUUCACCCACAGACCCCUCAAUGCAGUGUAAAACUGGGUUAAACAGACCUAGACAGGGAACAGUGCCGGGUGCUGGGACAGGAGCACCUCAAGUGCCAUUGAGCUCAAUGACUGUUGAUGCAGUCUGUGAGAAGCUGAAACAGAUAGAAGGAUUAGACCAGACUAUGCUAACUCAGUACUCUGCAACCAUUAAAAAGGCAAAUAUCAAUGGCCGUGUGUUAGCACAGUGCAACAUUGAUGAACUUAAGCGAGAGAUGAAUAUGAAUUUUGGUGACUGGCAUCUCUUCAGAAGCGCAGUACUUGAAAUGAGAAAUGCAGAGACCCAAGCUGUUCAUGAGGAUUCUCGAGCAGUGAGUGAACAAGCCAAUGCAAUUCCACAUAAUGACCUUGUUCGCCGUCCUGCGCUGAAUAGUGAAUUGCCUCAUACUGAACUUACUGGUCUACCUGGCCAAGCUCCAUAUGGUCUCAAUUUCAGCUUUGAAGAGCUGAACACCAUUGGUCUAGAAGAAGCCCCUCCACGUCACAGUAACCUGAGCUGGCAGUCUCAAGCCCGCCGAACUCCAAGUCUCUCAAGCCUAAAUUCUCAAGAUUCUAGUAUUGAGAUUUCAAAGCUUACUGAUAAGGUACAGGCAGAAUAUAGAGAUGCAUACAGAGAGUAUAUUGCUCAGAUGUCGCAGUUAGAAGGGGGUGCAAGUUCUAGCACUGUGAGUGGUAGAUCUUCUCCACACAGUUCCGCAGCUUUCUAUAUGGGCCAGAGCACCUCAACAGGCUCCCUUCAGUCGAAUGUGGAACAAGAUAAAGGAAAGGAUGCUGAACAGAAACAAGAUGAGGGAAGGAAGGCCUUCUUGAUUAAGCGGAAUGAUGUUGCAGACUACAGUACAUCAGGCGUAUCUACUAAUGAUGCAUCUCCAUUGGAUCCAAUUACUGAAGAAGAUGAAAAAUCGGAUCAGUCUGGGUCUAAGCUUCUUCCAGGGAAGAAAUCGUCAGAAAGAACCAGCAUUUUCCAGGCUGCAGAUUUAAAGCUGAAGGGAGUAGCUCUUCGCUAUCAGAAGCUUCCAAGUGAUGAAGAUGAAUCUGGAACAGAAGAAUCGGAUAACACUCCCCUCCUCAAGGAAGGUAAAGAUAGAAAAAUAGAAGGGAAAACAGAGAAGCAACCCAAAUCUCCAGAACAUGGAUCAGAGCCCAUUAGAACAUUGAUUAAAGCAAAAGAGUACUUGACAGAUGCACUUUUAGACAAGAAGGAUUCCUCUGAUUCUGGGGUAAGAUCCAGUGAAAGCUCUCCAAACCACUCCCUCCAUAAUGAUGGUGAUGACUCUCAGCUCGAAAAAGCAAAUCUCAUUGAGCUGGAAGAUGAUGCCCGCAAUGGGAAAAGAGGAAUACCCCAUAGCUUGAGUGGCCUUCAAGAUGCCAGCAUAGCACGCAUGUCAAUUUGCUCAGAAGAUAAGAAAAGCCCUUCAGACAGCAGCUUAAUAGCCAGCAGCCCUGAAGAGAACUGGCCAUCGUGCCAGAAAGUCUACAAUCUGAACCGUACCCCCAGCACAGUCACCCUGAAUAAUAACAGUGCGCCAGCCAACAGGCCAAAUCAAAAUUUUGAAGAGGUUGAAAGCAUCCGAGAGCCUUCUCAAAUCAUUCUUCGCCCUGGAUCUAGUUCUAAUUCUGUUGGCGGUCACAACGAUAACAUCAAAGGUGUGGCCCACAAACGCAGCCAGCGUUCAAGUUACGCCAGGCUUUCAAAAGAUGCCUCUGAGCUCCUUACAGUUACUGGCUCUGAUGCUGCAGGCUUUGGAGAAGAAAGAGAGAGUAUUCUUUAAAAGAGAUCCAAGUAAAAAUACAGGCUUCCCGAGUGAUAACGUGUUUUAGUUUGUGCACUUCCACUCUUCUUAAAAAAAAACUUCCUAAUCGGGUUACAAAUCGCUAAUUGUCCUUUGCUAUGACUAUGCCCGUUCAUUUUUUUGUCAUUAUCAUGGAAGAUUAAAUCAAUCUUAAGGUUGCUAGAGUCCCAUUGAUGUCCUGUGGGAAAGAUGUGCAUAAAAUGAGCAAGGUAUCAGAGAAAAUCAAUCAGUGCCCAUUCUCAAAUGCAGCCAGCAUUUAACUCCAAAUUCCUUGUUCUGCAUUUUAAAAAAACCUUGUUUAUUAUGACAGAAAUCACACAGAGACAAAACGACAUUGCUUCUUCUAUGUGGUCCCUGUGAAAUGUGUAUAUAUGGGAGUUCCUGCGCUGGCGCAGUCAGUUUUAGAACUCUCUAGAACGGUGGUUCCCAAACUUUGGUCUUCCGGGUAUUUUGGACUUCAACUCCCAGACAUCCUAGCCAGCUUAACAGCUGUUAGGAAUCAUGGGAGUUGAAGUCUAAAACACUUGGAGAACCAAAGGUUGGGAACCACUACUCUAGAAGCUCUCACGAGAUACAUUUAAGUGGAAGCCCCGCCCGCACGUCUAGUUUUUCCUAUUUCUUUGGAAAAAGAAGGGAAGGAAUGUAUCAUGUCAAGGGAAGUCAAAAGAAUAAAAUAUCUGAUAUCCAGCCCAACGGUGCUCAGCUUAAAUUUUCCACUUCUAUAUGUGACACUUUUAAAAGUAUUGAUGGUGUAACUGCUAGUAGAGAAGGGUUAAAAUGUGGCUCUUGUUAGUUGCUUUGAGCUAUCCUUGGGAAUGCCAUAUUUGUGACAAUGUGGACAAGUGUUGAAAUUAUUCUGUCGUAUUCGAUAGUUGUGGCUGAGAUUUUAAUGUAAUUGAUGGAAGUUUCUGUUCAUCAGUAGUGGUAAUUGCAGUAGCAUUCAAGUAAUUGCAAAAAGCAGCCCUAGUCAUGGUGGUACAUGGGGUCAUUUUAAACUGUGUCUGUUUGUAGUCUUUUGAAUUCAUUUUGAAUAUUUACAGUCUUUCAAAUGGCCUUUGAUUAAUCUGAUUGUGGAAAGCAAAUGGAAUUGGAGGUUGUCAUCACCUCAGUAAAAAUGUACUGUUUGCCAUUGUGUCACUGUGUAGCAGAACGGUACAUAAUUAUGUCAUUUCUAUUUUUAUGUGUCUGUAACGUCAGUAACUUGUACUGCAAAUGAAAUAUGCAUGGUUUUUAAUAUGAUAACUGGAUUGCAUGUAUUGCAGUAGUGAGGAUAAUAAAAUUAAGAGGCACGCUG